UCUCACUGCGCGCGUGAGAAAAAGGGAGGCGGAAUGCCUUGGGAGGGGCCAGCCACGCCGCUCUAUAAAACCCUCGCCGGGUCCUCGACAGGUAUCACUUGACUUGCAAGUAAUCAGCUAACCGCAGCCAUGUACAAGCUCUUCGUUUUCGCCGCCGUCCUGGCCGUCGCCGCCGCUGGUGUCACCUCCUUUGGUGCCCUCCCCUACCCCUACGCCGCCGCUCCCCUGGCCUACUCGAGCCAUUAUGCCUACGGCGCCCCUCUGGCCUACAACGCCGCCCCUCUGGCCUACAACCACGCCAUCGCCGCCCCCGCUGUCGCUGCCUACGCUGCUGCCCCCGUCGCCUAUGCCGCCCCCGCUCCCGUCACCUACGCAACUGGCCAGAAGAUCACCUACUCCGCCGAGCCCGUUGAGCAGCACGGCUACAAGAUCGCUUACUAAAUAGUCCAUCACCAAUUUUUGUAAAAACGCACGCUCGUUCGCAUGACACCUAGAACGAGGUAGACUGUUUAAUUUAAUAAAUUUAUUUGUCUCUCAUCGGAAAA